CAUAGAUUCAAUUAUAUUGCCAUACAGUAAUCCGAUAUGCUACACGAGCCUUUCCCACUGCGCCCCUUAAAACUAUCGAGACAAUGGAGCAAACGCAGCAGUCAAAUCCAGGGGAGUCCACUCAAAUGGGACCAACCCAGACAGCUUCUUCUACCAAUGCCGUAAACAAGGAUUUACCGGCAGACCACACUACGAGCAACGCAACAACGGCAUCCCCGCAACCGAAACCGAACCCCAGCAAGUGGAAGAGAUUCCUCCUCCGACGCGGCUGGCCAGUAGUCGAUGACCCUAGACCCAUGCCAACAAGCACCCUGGAGAUCGAGGGAUCGAAAGUCGAGCAAGUACGCAACAUCUUCGGUCUCGCAAAACCCGUGGACACCGGCCUGCUGCCAGUUCCGAAGCCUCCCCCAGGAGUCGCACCUAUCCCUUACAACGACUUCUGCAUUCAAGCCACCUACAACUACCACCGACACAGGCUCCAUGGAUUAUACGCCGGUGCCUACAAGCAACUCCUCCGGUACGAGCAGGCCGACAUUCAGAAGUUCAAAGACAAUGUUGCCCUUGUCCUAUGGGAUAACCCAGCUUUGAACGGGCCGCCGCAGGUCAACCACGAGACGGCGCUCUGCCCCAAUGUCCAAAACGGAGUGUUUGACAUGCCAAAUGUGAAGAACAAAGCACCUCGAUCCUACUUGGAAGCGAUCACUGUAGUGCCGGGCUCUGAGAAAUUGGUGCAGCAUGUGCCAGUAGACGUUAACUCGUCAAAGUGCGGCGUGUGCUGGCAAUGCCAGCUCGAAGCGUUGAAAGCCUACCACCAGGAGGAGCGGAAGCUUCUGUACGCUACACACUGCCAAGACAUCAGGCAGGUGUAUGAAAGAUGUCUGAAGUCGAUUGGGAGGAAGGAGAAGUUUAUCUGGUGGUUGCCGUGUGAGGACUAUGAGUUUAACGGCGAUAAGAAGAAGGCGAAGGAGGCAGCUAAGAAAAAAAACAAGGAAGAGAAAGAGCAGAAGAGAUUGAAGGCGGGCAAGUAGAGCAUUCAUAAUCUCUGAUAUGCUGUAUGUUAGUAGAUUUACCGG